AUGUUCGCCAAGGUCGCCAUCUUCGCAUCCGCGGUCCUCAUCGGCAGCGCCACUGCCUACAAUGGUCGUGCCUUCCCCGAAAAGACGAACGGCAAAGUCUACGAGUGUGGCUUCGCCGUGCAGAACAACGACUACGCUGCUUUCGUCUCUCCCGCGCGGUUCAAUGCCUCCCACUGCGGCGCCGAGGUACAGGCCAGCAGCCCGUAUGGCGUCGGCGAGACCAUCUACCCGAUACUCGCGGGCACCUACGAGAACUGCAGUGGCUGUGGCGACAACGACAUCCAGGUUACCCCCGACGCGUACAAGGAAGCGACCAGCCACCUUGCUAACCAGGACUGGAUCAGCGUCGUCUGGGUCUACAAGACCUGGUGA